UGAGAACCACGAUUAUUUCGGCAUCUACCCGGUGUUUUCUUCCCGCCGGCACAGUUCAACAGAUUCUUCUCCGUUUAGCGAAGGGACUUUUCUGUAUGUUAACGGGGAGUUUUGUAUUGUGCGGUGUGGUAGAAGUUAUUCGGGGGUUUUGGAAAUAAGAACCGUUUUUUUGUUGUUGUUGUUUGUGUACUCAUUUUUUAUUUAUUUUUUUCUUGCGGGAAGUAGAAAAAAAAAUAUAAAAAUAAAAUAAUCUGAUAGAACAGGACUGGAAAUUUUUUUGUAAUUGACUUAGACCCCAUCAUACAACUUCUGAUGGCGGUUUUGAAACUGUUAUGGACUUUUUUGCUUUUGUGUUCUGUAGUGUAUGGGAAAUCAACUAGCUCAAAUUCACAGCAUGAUUCUGACUUAAUAUUUGAUGAACUAAAUAGUAUAAACAUUGAUAGUAAUUCACACUCCAACGCCAUUAGUCCCUUGUCCAGUCCCUUACAUACUCAUCAGGAUCGUUCACGUCUUCAUCACAGUCACCACCAUAAAAAGAAAAACAAGUCCAAAUCCAAUAAGACGCACAGUAAGCAAUGGGGGUCCUUCUUUGACGACGAGGACUUUUACAGGGACGCCGAAGAUGGCCCAUCCGGAGAGGAACUCUUCCCACAUAGUGGUGAAGGUGCUGCACCAGAAGUACAUCCAAUUGAUAAACCGACAACUACCUCGGGUGAAGGACCGUUUUAUUUCAGAGUCAGCCUUGCCAUAACAAAUUUACCUUAUCAGCCUGAAUUGGAACAAAAAACCUCAAAUGAAUUCAAAAGAAUAGCAGAGGAAAUAACGUUAGGUUUAGAAGGACUUUACAGGACAAUUCCUGGCCAACAGGCAGUUACAGUUCUAUCAUUCCAAAAACUACAUUCCACAAGAGACCGAGGUGCUCUAGUCCAAUUAGAUAUUGGUUCUCUUGGCAAUGAUAAUGAAGCAAGUAUUGAAAGAGUAUUGCGAGAUGCCAUAAAAUCUGGUUCCAUCGCAAGAUAUUCGAUUUCUCCAGAGAACUUCUCUGUUCGAGAGUUUGGUGAAGAUGCUGGAAGGUCUUUACAACCUGAGUCCUGUCGCAUUGAUGAAUUGAGUUGUUCGUCUGGUGAAUGCAUUAGUAUAGAAAAACGAUGUGAUGGUACAGAAGAUUGUAGAGAUGGGUCAGAUGAAGUUGGCUGCCUUCGGGGCCAAAGCUCUACUGUUCCGUCAAAUCUAUCUCCUAGUUGCCGUAGUGAUAAUCAAAUGAUUUGUCAUGAUGGAAGUUGCAUAGAUUCUGUUAGAAUUUGUGAUGGAGUUAAAGACUGCUCAUUUGGGGAAGAUGAAAUUAACUGUGGUAUUACAAGUUGUCCACCAGGCCAAUUUCAAUGUGAUGGCUCACGAUGUGUUGAAGAAAGAAAAAGAUGUGAUAGAAGACCAGAUUGUUCUGAUAGAACAGAUGAGCUUGAUUGCCCAGAUACCUCUGAUAGAGAAUGUCGUCCCGAUCAGUUUAGAUGUAGCGAUGGGCAAUGCAUCGAUUUAAGAUUUAAAUGUGAUCGUAAAUACGAUUGUCGUGAUGGGAGUGAUGAAAUCUCAUGUGAACCUAAAGUGUGUGAAGCAAAUGAAUUUCGAUGCGGUGAUGGUCAGUGUAUUAACUCAAAUUUACUUUGUGACAGAAAAUAUGAUUGUUCAGAUGGUUCCGAUGAAUUUUCUUGUGAACCUAAAGUGUGUCAAGCAAAUGAAUUCCGAUGUGGAGAUGGUCAGUGUAUUGACAAAAACUUACGUUGUGACAGAAAGUACGAUUGCACAGAUGGCACUGAUGAAUUUUCUUGUGAUUCCCAAACCUGUCAGAGAGAUGAAUUCCGUUGUUCAGAUGGUGAAUGCAUUAAUCUCAGUCUUAAAUGCAACAAUAGAUAUGAUUGUCGUGAUGGAUCAGAUGAGUUAUCUUGUGAACGUGUCGUCCCUGAAUGUAAAUCAGAUGAAUUCCAGUGUAGUAGUUCUGGCGAUUGCAUUAAAUUCUUCCAAAGAUGUGAUUUUGUUGCUGAUUGUCCCAAUGGUGAAGAUGAGAGCUUUUGUCAGGAUAUGCAAUGUUCUCCUGAUGAAUUUCGUUGCAAUGAUAAAACUUGUAUUGAAAGCGACCAACGCUGUGAUGGACGCUAUGACUGUCCUGAUUAUUCUGAUGAACAAAACUGCACUGGAGUUGUCUGUCCGUCUGGUCAGUUUCGCUGUGACAAUGGGAGCUGUAUUACUAUGUCUCUUCGAUGCGAUGGAAGGCAAGACUGUCCUGACAGAUCAGGUGCAGAUGAAAAAGGAUGUCCUUGCAGUCCAUCUCAAUGGCAAUGUGACUUUGGUCAGUGUAUUGAUAGAAGUAAAUUGUGUGAUGGACGAGUUGACUGUGCAGAUGAUAACUCAGAUGAGAGAGACUGUGCUAUUCCUGGUUGUUCUGCUGACAAAUUUCGUUGCAGUGAUGGUACUUGUAUACCUGCUUCACAGAAGUGUAACGGUGUGCGUGAAUGUAGAGAUGGUUCUGAUGAAAGGAAUUGCCCAUGUCCAUCUGACAAAUUCAUGUGUGCCAAUCGUUUCUGUAUUGACCUGAGAAGAAGAUGUGAUGGUUACAAUGAUUGCCAAGAUAGUUCAGACGAGAAAGAUUGUCCUGGAGAGUGUGAUGCCAACCAGUUUCGAUGUUCUGAUGGCAAAGCUUGCAUUGCUUUAUCAACAGUGUGUGAUCGUAAAUAUGAUUGCCCAGACGGUUCUGAUGAAGUUGAUUGCCGUAGACCUACAGCUCAGUGCCGGCGUGAUCAAUAUCGUUGUAGUGAUGGCAUGUGCUUAAAUAUCGCACAGAGGUGCGAUGGCAAUGUAGACUGCCCUGGCGGAGAAGAUGAAUCUGGUUGUGGAACUUGUCCAGAAAAUAUGUACAGAUGCUCUGAUGGUGCUUGUAUAAAUUAUAAGUUACGUUGUGAUGGCAAGUUUGAUUGUCGAGAUGGAUCUGAUGAAAACAACUGUGAUUUUAAGCCGGCUUGCCGUCUUACUGAUUUCACCUGUAGAGAUGGUACCUGUGUUAACCAAACUAUUAAAUGUGAUGGUGUGGUUCAUUGUCAAGAUGGAGAUGAUGAAAGCAUUUGCAGUCGAUGUGGUGUUGGAGAAUAUGUUUGUAACAAUGGUCAGUGUAUUGAAUCAAGACAAAGAUGUGAUGGUCGAAGCCAUUGCCCCAAUGGAGAAGAUGAAGCAGAUUGCCCAGUUGAGUGUCUAGUUGGACAAUUCCGUUGCAAAAAUGGACAGUGCAUCAAUGAACGACGCAAAUGUGAUGGACGACCAGAUUGUGCUGAUAGCUCUGAUGAAUUAGAUUGUGGAGUUUGCAAACCAGGUGAUGUUAUUUGCCGAGAUGGAAGUUGUGUUGAUGUAAGCAAACGAUGUGAUGGUAGGAAUGACUGCCCAGAAGGAAUAGAUGAAGCUAACUGUGAAUGUCAGUCAAAUGAAUUCCGCUGUGGUGAUGGUGCCUGCAUAAAUGAAAGAAGGCGGUGUGAUGGAUAUCCUGACUGCAGAGAUAGGUCAGAUGAAUCUAACUGUGAUGAAUGUGCUGAAAACAUGUUUAGAUGCGGAGAUGGUACGUGCAUUGAAAUUAAAAAACGUUGUGACGGACGUAGAGAUUGUUUUGACCAUUCUGAUGAGGAAAAUUGUGAUCCCAAAACAUGCAAUGCAGGAGAGUUUAGGUGUAACAAUGGAGAAUGUAUUGAUGAUUCACUUAAAUGCAAUCGUAAUUAUGAUUGUAGAGAUGGAUCUGAUGAAUUUAAUUGUGAAUCAAAGGCUUGUCAACCAGAUGAAUUUAAGUGUAAAGAUGGGGAAUGCAUCAAAAGUGAUUUAAGAUGCAAUCGCCGUUACGAUUGCAGAGAUGGAACGGAUGAGUUCGAUUGUGGACCUGAACCACAGCAACAAUGUUCGGCUUCUCAGUUCCGUUGUAACGAUGGCCAGUGCAUAGAUAGUGUAUUGAAAUGUAAUAGAAAAUAUGACUGCAGAGAUGGUUCAGAUGAAUCUAAUUGUGUUAUUGAAGCUUGCCAACCUACAGAAUUCCGUUGCACAAAUGGGCAGUGCAUAGAUUUAAGUUUAAAGUGCAACAGAGUCUAUGAUUGUCAAGAUGGUUCAGAUGAAACUACUUGUGCUCGCUGUCAACCCUCAGACUUCCAGUGUGGUGAUGGCUCUUGUGUAGACUCCCAAGUUCGUUGUGAUGGUCGAAAUGACUGUCCGGACCGUUCAGAUGAAAAAGAUUGUGGAUGCACACCUACUCAGUUUCAAUGUAAUAAUGGCGAAUGUCUGGAUAGCAGAUCUCGUUGUGAUGGUAUACCAGAUUGUGAUGAUGGUUCAGAUGAAAGAGACUGUCGGGCCUGUCAGCCUGGCCAAUAUGUAUGUGCGAAUGGCCAAUGUAUUGAGCGAACACAAAGAUGUGAUGGAACAUUCGAUUGCAGUGAUUAUUCUGAUGAAUCUGAUUGUGCCCCAGAAGGUGGUGUCAAUAUUAAAGUUUACCCAGAAAGGCAAAGUAUUAGACAAGGGAGAGAGGUAGUAUUCCGUUGUCGUGAUGAAGGAACUCGCAGGUCCCCUGUCAAAUGGAUACGUGCUGAUAACCGAGCGAUGCCAGAAGGCAGUUCUGAUAGAGGAGGUCGACUUACAAUGCCAAACAUUCAGCCUGAACAUAGUGGUGUUUAUAUUUGUACUUCUGCUAGUACCACUGGAAGCUCAUCUAGUUCACAGAAAGCAGCCUUCCUUACAGUACAACCAUAUGUUCCUCCAACAUCUCGUCCAACUCGACCACCAGGAGCAUGUGCCCGGUCUGAAGCUACAUGCCAAAAUGGUGACUGCAUUCCUUGGACUUAUGCAUGUGAUGGAGAUUUCGAUUGCACCGAUCGAUCUGAUGAACUUAAUUGUGAUUAUCAAUAUCAGUGUCAGCCUAAUGAAUUUCAAUGUGACAAUAAGAAAUGUGUAUUGAAAGUUUGGAGAUGUGAUGGUGAUAAUGACUGUGGAGAUAAUAGCGAUGAAAAAUCAUGCAGUCCUAAUCCUGCUGGCUCCCCUUGUAGGUAUGAUGAAUAUAGGUGUCUAUCUGGAGACCAGUGUAUUCCUAAAAGCUUCCAAUGUGAUGGAGAAUUUGACUGUCAAGACAAAUCUGACGAAAUUGGCUGUGCUUCCCCAACCAUAACUCAACCUCCACCUGAAACUUUAACAGUUGAAGAAGGUGAAACAGUGACCAUUGUUUGUACAGCAGUUGGCAACCCAACACCUAUCAUUAGCUGGCGUUUGAACUGGGGAAAUAUCCCACCUGGACCCCGUGUAUCUGUUACUAGUGAAAAUGGUCGAGGAACUGUUACCAUUAGAGAUUCCAGACAAAGUGAUCAAGGAGCAUGGAGUUGUGAAGCUAUUAACAGCAAAGAUAGCGUUCUGGCCAUUCCUGAUACUGUUUUGGUUGUGAAACCUAAAGCUGGAAUUUGCAGACCCCCACUUUUCAAUGAAAAAGCUGCUGUAUCUUCUGACUGCUUAAGAUGUUAUUGUUUUGGUGUAACAGAAACUUGUUAUAGUAGCAGUCUUCAUGUUACUUCUAUACCUCUUCAAACUGAGAUUGCAGUUGUUGCACUUCAAAAGGAUGGACGUGGUAAUUAUGAAGAUGUUGGUCAAAGAUAUCCACCAAAUCAAAAUGCCAUUCAGUAUAAUUCAGCAAACAGGGAGUAUAAAGUUGAAGGGCAUGUCAAAGGUGAUGCCCCCACUGACGUCUACCAUUACUGGAGUUUGCCACCUGAGUUCCUUGGAAAUCAACUGAAUAGUUAUGGUGGUUACAUUCGUUACAUCUUCAGAUACAGUGCUCCUUUUGUACCUAAUCCACCAAAAAUUGCUGAUUUCAUUUUGAAAGGAAAUGGUCUUACCCUUUAUCAUGUUGUAAAGCAACCAUAUGGACCUCAACGAGACAACAAUGUUGAAGUUAGAUUUUGGGAGGGUGAAUGGCAUAAAAAUGAAGAGGGAGGUCGUGGAGAUGUUCCCUCCGUUGAUGUUACUACAAGGGAAGAUAUUAUGAUGGUUCUGCAAAAUAUUGAAACCUUCUAUGUUCGUGCUAGUUAUGAUGAAGAAAUGAUUCAUUCCAGUAUUCUAAACUUCCGAAUUGACUCUGCUUCACUUGCUGAUCCCUCAGCUCCUCAAGCUGUUUAUGUUGAAAAAUGUUCAUGUCCUCAAGGCUAUACAGGAAAUUCUUGUGAGGAAUGCUCAGAAGGUUAUACCAGAAGAGAUACCGGCUCUGGUCUUGGAGACUGUGUACCAUCCAGAGUGCCUUGUAAUUGCCACGGACACUCUAGCCUUUGUGAUCCAGUAUCUGGAGAAUGCUUGAAUUGCCGCCACAACUCGGAAGGACGCCAGUGUGAAAGGUGUAAAAGAGGUUAUUUUGGUGAUGCCAGGCGGGGAACUCCUGAAGAUUGUCAACCCUGUCCUUGCCCAUUAAUAACUACUCCAAACCAGUUUUCACCUACUUGUGUUUUAGACACUGAUGGGCAAGUUACUUGUGAUGCUUGCCCUAUAGGUUAUGAAGGAAGACGCUGUGAGAGAUGUGGACCUGGAUAUGAUGGCAAUCCAAACGUUCCUGGUGGAAGCUGUAGAGUUCAUGGAGGGUUGCAAUGUGACCCUGUUGGAAGUUUAACUCCUGAUCCAAGUAGAAAUACUGGACUUUGCCAGUGCAAACAUCAAGUAACUGGUGCUCGAUGUGAUCAAUGUAAGCCACACACAUUCCAUUUAAAUUCAGAUUCACCUCUUGGCUGCAUUGAUUGUUUCUGUAUGGGAAUCACUGAAACUUGCUCUUCCAGCAGUUGGUAUCGUGAUGAGCUCAUGUUAAGUUUUACUGGUAGUAACGAAGGAGUCUCUUUGACCAAUAUUCUAAGGAGCUAUAACAUAAAUCAAAACCUUCUAGUUGAUUCUCGUAACAAGGAACUAGUUUUUAGAAAUUUUGCAACUCAACCUACUCAAACAUAUUACUGGAAAAUGCCUCAAUCAUUCCUUGGUGAUAAGGUCACUGCAUAUGGAGGGAGACUGAAUUAUACUGUUAUGUAUAUUCCUGGAAGUCGAGCAGAUCCUAACAUUGAUCCAGAUGUUCAGAUAAUGGGCAAUGGCAUUGUAUUAGUUUAUAGGCAUCCAGAACUGAUUCGUCCUUCAUCUUUACAUUCCAUUUCAAUACGAAUGUAUGAGACAUCUUGGCUGAGAUCUGAUGGUCAACCUGCAACAAGGGAACAUCUCUUAAUGACUUUGGCUGAUUUAGAUGCUAUCUUAAUAAAAGCUACAUAUACUGGCGGAACAACAUCAGCUAGUUUAGCCGAUGUGUCCUUCACCAUUGCAGUUGAUCGCCCAACAGAAUUGGGUAGGGCAUUAGCUGUUGAACAGUGCCGUUGUCCAAUUGGUUACAGUGGAUUGUCAUGUGAAGAUUGUGAUGCUGGUUAUACCAGGUCUGGAGCUGGUCUUUAUCUUGGUUUAUGUGAGCCAUGCUUUUGUAACAGCCAUUCCAGUGACUGUGAUCCAGAAAGUGGAAUCUGCAAAAACUGCCAGCACAACACUGGCGGUGAUUUCUGUGAAGAAUGUUUAUCAGGAUAUGUUGGUGAUGCUAGCGGUGGCACUCCAAAUGAUUGUCAGCCUGCUAUAGAAACUUCUUGCAAGUGUGAUUCUCGGGGUAGUCUUGGCUUAGAGUGUGAUUACCGUAACAACUGUCCUUGUAAGCCAAAUGUUCAGGGAAGGAACUGUAAUAGGUGUAAAGAAGGCUUUUUCAACCUUGAAUCUCGAAAUCCUGAAGGUUGUGCUCCCUGCUUCUGUUUUGGAGUUACACAGCAAUGUAGCAGCAGUUCUUAUUAUAGAAGCCAAAUUGCAAUGAGGUUGGAAGACCUUUCUGAUCCGUACAAUCACAACUUCCAGCUAACUUCUCGAUUCAGAACACGAACAAUCACCGAAGGAAUAAUAGUUAACCCUAGUCAAAAUGAAGUCAGUUUCACUUCUUUCCCAAGAGAACCUGAGCAGACAGAAACUUUAUUCUGGUCUUUACCCGCUCAGUUCCUCGGUAACAAAUUGGCAUCAUAUGGUGGCAAGUUGCGAUAUACUCAACAGUAUUUAGCUGGAGAUGGAGGCGAUCUGUAUGCUGAUGCUGAUGUGGAAAUGACAGGAAAUGGUAUUUCUGUGUUUUAUGUAAACAUCCCUACUCUUAAUCCCCAAGAAGUACGAACAUAUGAGAUUGAAUUGAGAGAGACUAACUGGCAAAGAGUGGACUCUCGAGGACCUACAUCUGCCACUAGAGAGGAUUUCAUGAAAGUCUUAGCCAAUGUUGAAGCUCUUUUGAUUCGAGCAUCAUUCCAUAAUAGGAUGCACCAAACAUUGUUGAGAGAUGUACAGAUGGAUACUUCUGUACCACAGAGCACAGGUCAAGGACUUGCAACAGAAGUUGAACAAUGUGUUUGCCCACCUGGAUAUAUUGGCUUGUCCUGUGAGGAAUGUGCCCCUGGAUAUAUACGAGAUGCUAGUGGUCCUGGGCUAGGACGAUGCACAAGAUGCAAUUGUAAUGGUCACUCAGAGUCGUGUGAUGCAACAUCAGGCAGCUGUGUGAGAUGCAGACAUAACACGAUAGGUGAAAGCUGUGAGAGAUGUGCUGAUGGAUUUUAUGGAGAUGCAACCAGAGGUACACCGGAAGACUGUAAACCAUGUCCUUGCCCACUUACUACACCACCAAAUCAAUUUUCUUUGACUUGUUUCCUGGAUAAUGAUGGUCAACCAACUUGCAAUGCUUGUCCUGCUGGCUAUAUUGGCCGACAUUGUGAAAAAUGUGCUGCUGGAUACAGAGGAACUCCAGUUCAACCAGGUGGAAGGUGUGAACCAACUGGAGGACCAGUUGAAAUCAACCUAUUUGUUGAACCCACAAGUCUCGUAAAGAAAAUUGAAGAUGAUGCGAUAAUCCAUUGCAAUGUGACCAGUAAUAAACCAUUUAGAGUUAUUUGGCUACAUAACAAUGACACAAUAUUUUCAUCCCGGUCAGGAAACGUUAUUAAACAUACCGCCGAUGGAAGCACCUUGCGUAUUCCUAAAAUUGCUAAACAUCACCAGGGAUUGUACACUUGUCGAGCCAUAUCUAAAAACAGAAGUAUCCAGAAAGUAGCAAAGCUUACAGUUUUGGGUGUGAGUCCAACUAUAAGAGUAAGAGUAGAAGAACCAAGAACUCAACGUGUUCCUGUUGGAGCAACUGUUACAUUUAGGUGUACUGGAGUCAGCCAAGUCAGUGAUGUAACAUACACUUUAGUUUGGACAAAAGAAGGUGCUGCUAUGCCAGCUCAAGCAACUGAAGCUAGUGGUGUAUUAUCAAUACCAAAUGUUAGACCUGAAGAUACUGGUACUUAUAUUUGCACUGGAUCUGACCUUACAAGUGUUGCCCAAGACCGGGCAACUCUUUUAGUUGAAGGCACAGGAAGACCAACACCGCCCAGAGUUACAAUUGAACCUCAUUUCCAAGAGGUAAAAGUUGGUGAUCCAGUAGAGUUCCGCUGUGUUGCUGAAGGAUUUCCUGAGCCACAACUUCGGUGGACUGGUGGUCGUAACAAUCAGCUCAAUCCUCAGGCUACUUUUGUGGGUGGCUUUUUCCGCAUUCCAUCUGCACGAAAGAGUGAUGAAGCUGAAUAUUUCUGUUCUGCCACAAAUGCUGCUGGAUCCGAAUCUAUGAGAACUGUUUUACUAGUGAAAGGAGAUGAUGUAGGAGGUGGGGAAGAACCACAACUGACUAUAACACCAUCUACUUAUGAAGCUCAGAGACUGGAAACUGUGAAAUUUCAAUGCCGAGUUACUGCCUCUCCGACACCUUCCAUCACAUGGUCGUUCUCAGGAGGUCAGUUACCUGAAGACAGCAGUCAAAUGGGUGGUGUCUUGACACUUCCCAGAGUCACAGAGACUCACCAGGGUGUGUACGUUUGCACGGCAAGCAAUGUCCAUGGAACAGCCCAGGCACAAGCUCGAUUACUGAUUGGAUCCCGUCGUAGUCCUCCAACUGCUAGAGUUGAACCAGAAAGGCAAACUAUAAUGCAAGGUUCAUCUGGUGAACUCAGAUGUAUUGUCAGUGGUAUUCCUAAACCUACUGUUAAUUGGAGCAAAGUUGGUGCUGAUUUGUCCAAUCGCCAUAAGAUACAAGAAGAUAAUUUAUACAUCUCAGAAGUUACAGUAGAAGACAGGGGUUUAUAUGUUUGUCGAGCUGAGAAUCGGGAUGGAUCUGCUCAAGCAUCAGCUAUAGUGGAAGUUGAAAGACGAGAAGUGCCAUCUAUAGAACUUUAUCCUGAAGCUACUCAAACAAUAAUUCGGGGUGGCAGUUGUCUCUUCCAAUGUAGAGUAACAGCAGGGAUACCUACUCCAACUGUAGAAUGGGUCAGAGCUGAUGGUAGUCCUUUCACUAGCAGCACAGAGAUUCUGAAUGGUGGGGUUAUUAGGUUUAACAAAGUAACUGGAGAUGAAGAAGGUACAUACAUUUGCACUGCUGAAAACUCAGGAGGAAGAACAACUGCACAGGCUGUUCUUCAAAUUCAAGGUGCACCAACUGUCAAAAUUACUCAAGCUAACCCAUACCGUGUAAGACCUGGAGAAACUGUUAGGUUUGAAUGCUUAUCAGAAGGUGAUCCCAGACCAAAUGUGUCUUGGAGAAAGUUGAGGCAUCCUCUUGUUUCUUAUGCUGCUGCAGAAGAAUCUGAAGACGGUAAGGCUAUCUUGGAAAUACGAAGAGUCUCCCAAAGUGAUUCUGGAGUUUAUAUUUGUUCUGCUCGCAACACAGCUGGCAUUACAGAAGAACGCAUCCAGCUAAUUGUUGAAGAAACAGAUUCAGUUGUACCAGAAGUAAUGGUUGAGGAUAGAGUUACUACUGCAACUGUAAACAGCAGUGUGGAACUCCGUUGUUUUGUUAGAGGCACUGACAGGGAUGUCUAUUUGAAAUGGACCAGAACAGAUGGUGGACAAAUGCCUGUUAAUCAUAGAUUGCAGGAUGGAAUAUUAAUCAUAUCCAAUGUCCAACCUGAUGAUGCUGGCGAAUAUUCAUGUCUUGGCAUAGUUGAAGGAGACAUAAUUCUUUUCACGGCCAGAGCUCGUCUAGCAGUUGUUGCUCCUCCUAGAAUAAUAUUAAAUCCACCUCGACAAACAGCAAGACCAGGUGAUGUUGUUCGCAUACAGUGCUCUGCUAUCGGGGAUCAACCCAUAUCCAUUGACUGGAGUCGCAUAGGAGGCAAUUUAGCACCUAGCAUGGUGCAAGGUGGAGGAGUGUUGACAUUCCAAGGCAUUACAGCUAAUGACGCGGGAAGAUAUCUAUGUACGGCAGUGAACGCAGCUGGAAAAGCUGAAGGAGUAGCGGAAGUUAUUGUUAAUGAAGAAUCACCCCUUGAUUAUGUGAGGAAAGAAGAAACUGCAUUUGUUGGAUCUAAUGCACAGUUGAAAUGUGCAGUUUCUGGAUCUCCUGCACCACAGUUGGAAUGGAGUAAAGAUGGAGGACCUUUACCAGAAAAUGCAAGAGUUAUCAAUAAUGAACUGUGGUUGAGAGAUCUUCGAAUGGAAAAUGCUGGUCGAUAUAUUUGUACUGCCACUAACAGUGCUGGACGUACAAGAGAUUAUGUUAUUCUCAAUGUCAGAGCUGUACCUACCUUGGAAGUGAAGAUUGAAGCUAACAAAGACAUUGUAAAUAUGGGUGAUACUCUUGACCUCCGAUGCAAAGUAACAGGAGAUACUUCUGCUCGAAUUUCGUGGUACAAAGUUGCUCAAGAAGGACCCCUUCCAGAAAAUGUCAGAAUUCGUGGGCCUAUUCUGGUUAUCAAUGGAGUGAUGCCAGAAAAUGGUGGGGUUUAUCGAUGCAGUGUUGAGAGUUACGUUGGAACAUUCAACGAUGAUUAUGUUCUUGCUAUGCAAGUUCCACCCACUCUUACUCCUGAUUUAGUUGAGACUCGUACUGCACCGUUCGGCUCAACGGUUGUAAUGGACUGUAAAACAACUCUGGACCCUCCAGUUGCUUACACAUGGUACAAACAAGGUGGUAUUUUGCCUUCUGAUGCAACUGUUAAUGAAGGUCAAUUAACAAUUGCUGAUGUCAAAGGUGAAGAUGCAGGAACAUAUAUUUGUACAGCUAGAAGUCAUGUAGGAACUAUUGAUAUCCCUAAAAUUUUGAUUGUCACAGGAGUGGUUCCUUACUUCUCACAGACUCCAUUGUCUUACAUGAAGAUGCCUACAUUAGCAGAUGCUUAUUUAGUCUUUGAAAUAGAAUUGGCUUUCAAACCAGAAAGCAUGAAUGGUCUCUUAUUCUAUAAUGGUCAAAAACAACAAGGUGAUUUUAUUGCUUUGGUUCUGAACAAUGGAUAUGUUGAAUUCCGAUUUGAAUUGGGUUCAGGUCUAGCUACUAUACGAAGUACUGAACCAGUUGCAAUGGGAAAAUGGCACGUUGUACACAUUGCCAGAGACAGGAAGAAAGGUACUUUGAAAGUAGAUAAUCAGCCAGAAGUCACAGGAGUAGCUCAAGGCAGGUUCUUGGGACUUGAUUUAGUACAACCAAUGUAUAUAGGUUCUGUUCCUGACUUUUCUGCUAUAGAGCAAAAUGCUGGUGCAACUAGAGGAUUUAUUGGCUGUAUCAGCCACUACAAAACUGGAAAAGUGGUACACAACUUACUUCGAGAAGCAGAGGCCUAUGGUAUAUCAACUUGUGAAACAUGUUCCAGAAAUCCCUGUCUUCAUGGAGGAGUGUGUCAGGAAGCAUUGACAAUGGUCGGCUACAACUGCAUAUGCCCACCUGGCUUUUCUGGUCGGGACUGUGAAAAAGUUGGUGAAGCUUGCUAUCCUGGAGUGUGUGGAGAAGGAAGAUGCUUUAAUAAACCCGGUGGGGGAUUUGAAUGCUUUUGCCCCAUGAGGAAAUCUGGCCUUCGAUGCGAGAAAGAUAUAAUCAUCGUGGAGCCAGCAUUUUCAGAUGAUGCAUAUGUCGCCUAUCCCACACCGAAUGCGCUGACUACUCUGAAACUGAAUAUGAAAAUAAAACCACAGAAUACUGAUGAUUGUUUGAUUGCCUAUUGUGCUCAUACUGAAGAUGGAAGUGGCGAUUUCACUUCAAUCGCUAUCAAAAAUAAGAGCGUUGAGUUCAGAUUUGACAUGGGAUCAGGACCUGCUAUUAUUCGCAGCCAUGAACCUAUUUUACAAGACGAGUGGUUGAGCAUUGUAGCCGAAAGAGAUAUGAGAGAGGGUUCACUUAUUGUGAAUGAUGGUAUUGCUUCGAAGGGAAUGUCGCCAGGUGUCAGCAGAGGACUCAAUUUGCACACACCAUUUUAUUUUGGUUCUGUUGACAAACAUAGAAUAAAUAUCUCACCCUUUACAGAAGUAACGCAUGGUUUUGAAGGCUGCAUUGCUCAUGUUGAAGUGAAUGGAGUUGAUAUAGAUCUAGUGAAUUCAGCCAUUGAUUCUUCAAAUGUUGAAGAUUGUGGUGUCAGAACACCCUGUGAAACUAAUCCAUGUUUAAAUGAAGGUAUUUGUGUUGAAGAUGAUGGUGCCCCUCGAGGAUAUGUUUGUGAAUGCAGAGAAGGAUAUAGUGGUACCAACUGUGAAAUUGAGACAGAUUUAUGUAGUUUAAUAGAUCCUUGCAAAAAUGGUGGCACUUGCAUAGGUGCUGGAAAUUCCUAUAAAUGCAGUUGUCCCAUAAAAUUCAAAGGCACAAACUGUGAAGAGCCUUCACAAUUUGAUGAGAGAGCAGCAUUCCAAGGAGAUGGUUAUAUUUCACUUGAUACAGACCUCUUACCUCACACUGCUAGUGCCAAAGAUGAAGUAAUCAGCUUCAGUUUCACGACAACCAGUAUUGAAGGUCUACUGCUGUUUCACGGACAAAAACCAGAAACUGAUGGUAAAGGACAAGACUAUCUUGCAGCAGCCAUAGUUGAUGGUUAUCUGGAAUUUAGCUAUGAACUAGGAAGUGGUGCAGCACAAAUAAAAUCACCCAUCAAAGUAAGCGAUGGUAAAGUCCACAAUGUGAUCCUCAAAAGAACUGGAAGACAUGGAAGUUUAGAAUUAGAUGGUCUACAUCAACAAUUUGGAGAAUCAAAAGGAAUUUUGCAAAUGCUAAAUACUGAUGGUGAUAUCUUUAUUGGCGGAGUUCCUAAUCAUCAGCUGAUGACUGCUGGGAAAUAUCCACAGGGUCUAAUUGGUUGCUUAUGGGAUUUGGAAAUCGAAGACUCUGGACCCAUCAAUAUGUAUGAUAGAGCAAAAGCUGGAGCUAAUGUUCAAGACUGUGAUGAUUUUGAAGCCAGUGGUGAGUUUCUGGAAGAACUAGAAAGACCUUUUGUACAAAAAUAAAUUGUAGCAGAAUAAUCUAGCCAUUUGAAUGUAAUAAAAAAAAAAAGCACAUUGGACGCAUAUUAUACUAACUUUCCUCUGAAAGCAAUUUUGUAUAGGGGUCAUUUAGUGGCUAGUCUUUGUAAAACUUCCUUCAAGUCCAUGCAAAUAUUGCCUCUAACAUUGCCGUGCAUAUUUGAAAGAUGAGCUCCGUGUGAGGACCAUCACUGUGGAAACUUUUCCUUAAAUGCACACAUUUGAACUUGUUUUGUGCUUUGCAAAUUUUUAUGUCAGCUACUAAGAAGAUGGAUCAUUCUUUUGGCAAAAAAAACUACUUACUUUACCAUUUAACUCAUGUGAAUAUUGAAAAGCAAUGAACUCUGAGAUGCCAACUAUUAUGGAACUUUCAUAGUCGCUAAAAAUUUGACUCUUGUUUCAGUGCUGAAUCAUUAAAUUUUAGAAUGUCGAUUUUCAUUUACUUUAUUGCUUGGAGAAAAUUAACUCACAAGAAUAAUGCUUUUUAUUUUUAAAUAACUCUCUAUCGUCAGAUAGAGUUUGCAGAGUGAUUUAUAAAAUGUACUACCCUCUAAGCUUAUACAGGGUUUAACAAAACUAACGCCUACAAAUGUAAAGAGUGAUGAAAUUUGCCAAAACAAACAAUUUUCAUCGUGUGAUGGGGGUCAACAAACAUUGAGCCAUGAGCCAGUUCUCACUGGCUUGGUGAAAAUGUAUAAUUUGAUGAAAGCCAAUAAUAAAAGUUAAAGAAUAGCUAUUAUUAAAUACUUUUUACAACAAAUGCUCGAAUCAGCAGGCUGUAGCUUCAAUGCAGGCUUCUCAAUUGUGACUAAGUAAAUCAUGCAGACAUUGGAAUAUUCCUGUUGUUUCACCAUUGUCUGUAGAUGGGAUGCUGAUUUGGAUGACCAUGUCCCAGUGGCUCUUUAGGUAUUUUGUAAAGGACCUGUUUUAGGUACCUCCAGAGAAAAACAAAUUGAGGCAGAACAAAAUUGGGAGAUCUGGAAAACUAUGAGGCCGGUAUAUUCCAUCUAUUCGGAAAGGCUAAUAUCUAUGUAGUGUGACCAAAAAGGCAUUCUUUUGUCACUUUGCUCUCGGAUCUAAAAUUGUAGAAUGAAAAUGGCUUGUUUUGGCGAGUUUUGUCACUCCUUGAAGUUAUGACCAUUAGUUUUGGAGAAAACUAUAUAUUUGAAAUAAUUGAAUAGGCAAUCUUUCAAUGUUGAAAUUGUUUGUGUGUUCAAUCCUUUGUCAUACACUGCUGAAUAAGGUAAUUAUACACCCUGAUUUAAUUAUGUAAGCUUUCUAACAAAACUAAAUCUGAACUCAUUUUGACUUAAAUCUUUUUUUUAAUUUAUUAUUUUGACUCUGAAAAAAAAAUCUAAUAGUUGGCAGUCUUUAAUUUAGCGCUCUACUUAAAACUAACUUGGGUAUGAAUUAUCUUUGUUUGCCUUUUAAAUCUAUACAAGUGCAAAAGUAUUAUUGUUAUAUUUGUUAUCGAUUCAUGUUCACUGCCAUGUUUAUUAUUUUUUUUCUUUUUCAUUGUUAACUUAGUUGUGUUGUCUGUGUUUGUCUCAUUCAUAUGGUGCUACAAACAUUAUUAUUAUUCAUUCUGUUAAAAAUGGAAUGAAGAAGCUAAAAUCUUUAUUAAGCAGUGUAGAUUUUUUGUUAAUACAUAUGUUGUACAUGUGUUUUUAUUUUGUUAUUUUUCUUUGCCCAGUGAUAAAAAAAAAUUAUUGUUCAAAUUUUGAAGAUGAAUUUAUUCUGUUUUAUUUUUUAAAAAAGAAAUCAGUUCUCUGCCCAUUUAAAUCAUAUGAAAAAGUACUUCUGCUGUUUGUUUUUCUGUGUAUUGUCAAUCAUGCUUGUUGUUGGUCAGAGGUGCAACAUGUGAAUUCUUUAUUUAAGAAAAAGGUCUGAAAUAAAGUUGACUUUAUUUA